AUGGGUAACUGCCACGGCGGGCGGCUUAUGACCAAAAACGGCCUGGCAAGGUUGGAGCGGCCAGAAUGUGCAGUGGACUUUUUUGGGUUGUUUACUUCCGUGUUUGUCAAUACAGCUGAGAAAUCCGAGACAACCAUCGUUGUUGUUUUCCAACUUCUGUAUUGUUUGCGCCAAAUACUACCUGACUAUCUUCCCAGACCAAUCUUCUACAGCGAGACGCCGUUCGUCACCCGUUUCGAUAAUCUCUCCCCUUUUCCAAGCUCGACACUCCCUUUACCAACGGCUUCUUACGAAAAUCCUUUGUCCAUUGUGCUACUGAAACCCGCAACGUCUACCAUUAGCUUGGCUCCCGCUCGAGAACACAAAGGCAGCCGACCCACGUUGGCCUCUAGAACGUUGGGCGACUCGUGGAAGGAACGCCAUAGCGGCCCAGAACAAAAAGGCAUACGAAACGCAUCGCUUCGAGGCUCGAAGUCGUUAAACGGUUCCUGA